UUUUCCAUGGAGCAUGCGCGUUGCGCUUCGGAAGCUGAAUGUGACCUCAGUCGUGAGUGUCAGCGUUUAGCAGAACCUGGGGACACCGCCUUCUGCAGUAAAGAGAAUCUCAAAAGCACAUUUAUCAGCAAGAAUUCCAAACAAAUAUCUCAUCAAGGUCUGAGACUGACUCAAUUCAUCAGGAAUUGAAAGUCAUUGGGCUUCCAACAUCAGAGUGACUGGAAAUGCAUCAGAACACAUUCACCCAAGUAAGUGUUCCAGUGAACUGACUGUGUCUUAAACUCGUCACACAGCCUGACUAACGUUACACCGUUUUCAGUGGGGAGAAACUGUAUCUGUGUCCUGUGUAGGGGCGAGGAGUCAGCUAAUCAUCCAAUAUGGAGAGACAUGACGACACCUGCACCAAGGAGAAACCAUGGAAAUGUGUGGACUGUGGGAAGGGAUUCAAAUACCCAUCCCGGCUGGAAACUCAUCGACACAGUCACACUGGGGAGAGGCCGUACACUUGCUCUAUGUGUGGGAAGGGAUUUACACGGGCUUUUGACCUUUUGAAACAUGAACGCACUCACACUGGGGCGAGGCCGUUCAUUUGCCCCGAGUGUGGGAAGGGAUUCAGUGACUCAUCCAACCUCCUGACACACCAGCGAGUUCACACUGGGGAGAGACCAUUCCCCUGCUCUGAAUGUGGGAAGGGAUUCAGUGAUUCAUCCAGCCUGUGCAGACACCAGCGAGUUCAUACUGGGGAGAAGCCGUUCAUCUGCUGUGAGUGUGGGAAGGGAUUCAGUCAGUCAGCCCACCUGCUGAGACACCAGCGGGUUCACACUGGGGAGAGGCCGUUCUUCUGCUCAGAGUGCGGGAAGGGAUUCAGUGACUCAUCCUACCUGCUAACACACCAGCGUUUUCACACUGGUGAGAGGCCAUUCCCCUGCUCUGAGUGUGGCAAGGCAUUCUCUCUCUUAUCAAACCUCCGGGCACACCAACUAGUUCAUACUGAUGAGAGACCUUUCAAGUGUACACAUUGUGAGAAGAGCUUUAAAUGCAAACGUGAAGUGCUGACACAUGAACACAUUCAUACUGGGGAGAGGCCAUUCCCUUGCUCCAUGUGUGGGAAACAAUUUCUCUGUUCAAAAAGCCUUCUGAGACACCAGCGAAUACACAUUGGUGAGAAGUUGUUACCCACUGCCUCUUGGGAAAGCAUUUACACAGUCAGCCCACCCUCUGAGACACCAGCGAGUUCACAAGUGAUUGCAGGGCAGAUAUCUGUUGCUGAUGUUGUUAACAAAUCUUCGAUUGAUCCAGCUCCCUGGAGAACUGAGUGAUCCAUGUGAUGGAGGUUUGAUCCAUCCCCUGAAAGACAAGAAGUAGAUGCAGUGGCACAGGGAAAUACGUGCUGCUUAUGAUGUGAUCUGGAGAAGGGUGGUAUCAUGUAACUUUAAACACCAGAAGUACCGACAGAGAGAUGUUGUAAGUUUAAUUCAUCGCAAUUAAUUCAUUCAUUCAAAGUGUGUGCCAUUGCAGACAACUGGGGGCACACACACACUGACAUAUGAGGCACAAAACCAGAUUUAUGGGCAUGCAUACACAUUGACAGAGAAAUACAUAGACAGGUCACACCAACACACCGAGACAGAAACACAGACAUAGACAGAGAAAUAGCAACAAACACAGGUUCUCUCAAAAACAUCCAUCUGGAGAUACAUUGAAACACGCUAUCCCUCAGUAUAUUGUUAGGGUUGAUGUGUUUAAUAAACUCAAGUUCAUUUGUAUAAUAACUAGUGUUAAUUUGUAUAAUACAUCUGUGUUAAUUGCUAUUCGUUUGUAAAAUAGAUUGAUUCAUUUUUGAAAUUGUCAGAAACUAAUU